UAAAAUUUGUGACCAAUAGCCGGCUGCUGUGUGCAGUCCCACACGAAUAGUAAUAGGAAGUUAAAGCCAUUUUGGUUCAAAUUCGUCUCUCUUUCCUUACAUCUUCCCCUUUACUUCUUUAGCCGUACAAGGGUUUAUUCGGAAGCUGUGUAUCAUUCAUUUGUACAAGUAGAUUGCGGAAAGGAUAAUUGAGUUGAAUUCUGUUGGGAAUUAUGGUGAAAUCGUUUGAGAAUGGGGUAUCUGUUGCACCAUUCUUGUUGAAGUGUUAUGAAAUGGUGGAGGAUGAGUCAACUGACGGCUUGAUUUCUUGGAAUCAAUCUGAGAAAAGUUUCAUCAUAUGGGAUGUUCCUAAAUUUUCAUCUGAAUUGCUUCCUAAGUACUUCAAGCAUAGCAACUUCUCCAGCUUCAUUCGUCAACUCAACAUCUAUGGUUUUCAUAAAACUGAUACAGAUAGAUGGGAAUUUUUGAAUGAUAGCUUUGUCAAAGGCCAAAAGCAUUUUUUAAAGAAUAUUGUUAGAAGGAAACAGUCCAGUGUAGCCCAAAAGAAACCAUCCCAACUUGAGGAGAUCAAGUCUUGUACAUCUGAAGAAAGUAAGAAUCUUGAACUGUGGAAAGAAGUUGAGAAUCUUAAGGAUGAAAGAAAUGUUCUCACCCAGGAGUUAGUCAAGCUUAAGGAACACCAGCAGAAUUCAGAGAGUAAGUUGAUACUUCUACGAGAACAACUAAAAGUCAGGGAGAAAAAUCAACAGCAGAUGCUUUCCUUCAUUGUUAUGGCUAUGCAAAGCCCAAGUUUUUUGGUUCAGUUUUUCCAGCCCAAGGAAAACAGUUGGUGUAUGAGUGAAAAUGGUAAUAAUAUACUGAGUGAAGUUGAAGAUGAUUGUGUAGAUACACCAUCCGAUCGAGCAAUUGUGAGGUAUCAUCCUCCCACUCAUGAAGAAGCUGCAGAGACCCUCCUAUGCGCUGAACCUGAACCUGCCUUGGAUUCUCAGAAACCUAUGGAGCUCGAUUUUUCUUCCAAUGAAUUAAAAGAUAUGUUUUCCAAUAUAGAUUUCUUCUCAGGAUUAAUGGAUGAAAAGCUGCUUGCUUUUGAAAAUAGGGUCCCUCUUACUUUGCCAUAUCAUCCUGAUGAUGACAACUUGUUGGAACAGCUGCUUUUGUCCAGUCCAAUAACAGAGAAUAAUGAAGGCGAAGUGAUGGAUAAUCCAGCGUGCUCCCAUACUGGUAUGGAGACUGACUUAGAGUCUGGAACAUUUUCAGGUUCAGAGGAACCAUUUCACAGUCUGGAAGAUAAAAAGAUGGAAAUGGAUUUGCUGGAGACACAGUCAGACAACUUGAGUAAUAUGGAUAUACUUGCUGAACAGCUGGGGCAUAGUAAAUUCUGAAGGGAUCCCAACCCGCUUAUACAGAUUGCGAAGAUGUAUUGUUGAAUCUUCCUGGAUCAUUUUUGAACUCGUGAAUAUUGUAACUCAGUAUGCAUAGUUGAAAUAGAAAAGAACACUGUACUUGAUCUUUUACCUUUAUCUGUGUUUCUUCCCAUGCUGAAGAUGUUUACCAAUUGCAGCUGAU